AUGGAAACAGUCGUUUUCACACGACGCGAAACGGCGACGAUCAUUGACACUUACACCUAUCUAUCUAAUCGCCUUUUCUUUCUUUCUUUCUUUCUUUCUUUCUUUCUUUCUUUCAUCAAUAUCCCUCUGUCCUUUCUUUUUCUCUCGCUUUAUCUUUAUGUGACUCUGUCUCUCUGUCUCUUUGUCUCUCAUCUUGUAUCGAUCCGUCUCUCUAUCUCUGUCUCUCCGUCUGUAUAUCUUUGUCUGACAUUUUGUCCCUGUCUGACCCGAUACUCUGUCUCUGCCACGGUCUUACUGUUUCUUUUUCUGUCUGUUUGUCUGUCUGUCUCUCUGUUUUUCACUAUGUCAAUAUCUUUGUCCCAUGUUUUUGUUAUUCUAUCGCUCUCUCUUAGACUUUCUGUCUGUUAUUCUCUCUUUUUCGCUGUUUAUCUGUCUUUAAUUCCGUUUCUCUCCCUUUGUCUGUCUUCCUCUGUCUCUCUCUCAUUGUUUCUUUCUACCUGUCUCUCUUUCUCUCAUGUUACACUUGAGACACUGUCUAAAUCUAUCUAUCUAUCUAUCCCAUUCUGUUUUAUAUCUAUCUAUCUAUCUAUCUAUCUAUCUAUCUAUCUAUCUAUCUAUCUAUCUAUCUAUCCCAUUCUUGUCACUAACUCACAUCUAUCUAUCUAUCUAUCUAUCUAUCUAUCUAUCUAUCUAUCUAUCUAUGUCAGAGAAGCACGAUUCUUUCUUUUGCUUCGAUUUUCUUUCUCGUGGGAAGAUUUGGGUUCUUCCAUUAGUGUUAGAGCCUUGGGCAGGCGUUGA